AUGUCGCAGCUUUAUUCUGUGCCGGACGUCUUUGGACUGCGCGUGGAUGACCUGGAGGAUUCAGAGGAGGGGGAGGAACAGCCGCUGGUGGGCUCCGAGCCGAACAAGCCGAAGGUGAACAGAGUCGACGACGACGACGACGUCACUACAGUGGAUGAGUGGUUGAACGGCUGCCUUAGAAACACCUGCUUCCUGCUCGCUGGAAUGUUUUGUGGCGUCGUAGUCCUUGCAGCAGUGUUGGACACCGGUGGCCUGGAGCUAACCCAGCUAAGCUUGUCGGGUAAACACUCCUCGGCUGCAACUUCAACAACAGCCGUAAACCUCGGAAACCUGAGGGCUUCCGAGACUCUGUCAGCAUCAGCCACUCCCAUUCCGAAGGCCACACUUCCCGAGCUUCCUGAGUUCCGUCCUGGAAGGCUUGACUUGGUCUCUGCUGGCGAGUACAGGUAUCCCUAUGAUCCGGGCCAAGGUGCAUUUAAUGCAAAGGCCAUGGAGUGUCUCCGGCAGACGACUCCGGAGCUCGAACGCCUGGAAUACCCAGACGAUGCUGAAGAGCAUUUCGAAGAACUGAACCGAACCAUGAGCAAGUUCACCAAGGGUGUGAAGCCGCUGUGCGGCAAGAUCUCGGCUGGCUUCUGUGGCCCAUGGCUUGAGAACCACUGGAUCGGGCAUUUCAGCACCUUGUGGCGGAACCGCAAGAACGGCACACGGCUCCGUGACCUCUUUGGCCCGUAUAUUCCGAUCUUGUUUCCGUUCCUAGAUAUAUACAUUCCGAAUUUUUAUCGUUACCCGAAAGGGCAGCUUGAGACGUUAAACCGCACGAUGCGACCCAACGUGCUCUACUUGGCUGUAUCUCAAUGCGACGAUGGCAUCUUUGGACACUCGCCAAAGCGCGACUUAGUCAAGUUCAGGCAGACAGACUUCCCAAAUAUGUUGGUCAUGAGCGCUGGUGGGUAUGGCCACGUUCCAUUGCCUUUGUUCAAGCAGGAGGAGGAUCCAGUGCCAGCCGCGCCAAUUAUGGACAGAACAUACGCGGCUUCCUUCAUGGGUUCAUUGGAUCACGGACCUAAGGGGCUGAGAAUCGGCAUGAAGAAAAACAGUGAAGACUGGGGCAAAGCAAGAGGCAAGCAGGUUCGAAUAGGGCGGGGCACGGACUGGAAGGAAGUCAUGGGAAACACGAGCUUGAAUCUCUCGCCACGUGGGUUCGGACGGAAUUCCUACCGAACGGUAGAGCUGUUCCAGAUGGGGUUGAUACCUAUUUAUGUGCACGACAAAGUACCCUGGCUGUUCUACAAAGAUCUUUGGAUCGAGGAGAAGAUUGGGUUUUUUUCGACCGCCGAAGCCUUGGGGCGAACCUUGGAUCAUGCUUUCUCAGAUAUUCCAAAGCUGCUGGAGAUGGAAAGGCGGAUCCGGGCCAUGAGAGAGACCCAUUUUACGCCACUGGGCAUCUUGGAUCAGAUCUCCAAAUUCAUGACCGAACGGGAUGGCGGUGGCGAUCUCAGGUGCCAGGCCUUGCCAGACAGCGUACUCUGA